GGUCCUGUCGUCGCCAUUUUGGCUUCAGCCGUGGCCACACCUCUCCGCUCCGCUGUGUUGUUUGAACUGAAAGAGCAGAGGGAGUGUUGAACAAGGUCACAAGAAAAGCGUUUAUCUAAUCAUUCAUACAGCUGAUUCUUUUCAAUACAGACUUUAGCUUAACGGUAAAAUCAAAGAGGUUCUAUUAAGUAUUACUACUAAGGCAUAACCUCGUCAUCUCUGUUUACAACUCUUACCCACAAUGCACUUGGACUGACAGGAAGCGUUCAAUUUCAGUUGGCGCGCCGAUUCUAUUGACAUAUGGCCGCUUCGAGCAGUCGCUCGCAGUCGCUACGUUGGUUGAAUACUGCUACAUUUCUCUGUCUACCCUUAGUCGUCCAUAUGUACACCUUGGUGAGACUUCUGUCGUGAAAGUGACAGCUCCAAAUUUAGCAAUAACGUUGACUCAAGCUGUUAAUAAGGAGGGAUCGAACCUGGUAGGCCCCCGAAGCUUCACUUUUGCAUAAUGGAGAGAUUUAAUCGGCUUUCGCUAUGUGGAAAGAUAAUCAUAUUUAACUUUAAACGAGCUUCAGCCACAAAUGACUGCGAUCGAAGCGAGUUAAUAUUCUCCAGCCUCGGAUUUGAACGGGAAGACAACACGUUCCUGAAGGCAGCUGAUGGAGCAGCUAUCAUCAGCAGGAAAAGAUCCGCGCAUGUGGAUAUUGUGAAAUGUAAAUGUGCCAUUAAUGUUCAGAAGAGAGUCACCACAGCGUGUAUUUUAGUGACAAAGAAGAGUGAGAAAGGGGAAAGCUUCCAGUAUAGUCUACUCACACUGAGCAGCUCGAACCGCCUGGAGCCCUGCAUUGAGUUUAAACUCCCUUAUCAAUUAAUGAGGGAGACUGUGUAUAUUCUCCAUGGCCCCACAGUAUUGUGGAGCCAUACUGGUAAUGUAUUCUAUGCAUCUCUGCAGGCAGGAGAGGUGAGACAGAUACCCAUUCAGGUGUCCCACAGUGUUAUUGGAGAACUUCCCCUCCACAAAGAACAUGUAUUUGUCCUUGGGCUGCACAACCUUUCAGAUCAGUGCACUCCGUCCACAAGCCAAACCUUGGGCUAUUUUGUUGAGAGUGGACAGGUGUUUGACGGCACUAUGAUUUUGCCUCAUCCCUACAUUUGCGUCACACGGUGCAUCUUGGUGCUGUCAGCUGAAAAAGUGGAUGACGUGCUGAAAUCUGCUGUGAUUGCAGCAACUUCGAAUCAGCAACUCGUUUAUUUUGCGAAUGGCAUUGUGAAAGACGUAUGUCAGCUCCCCUUUGAACAACCUGAAAAUAUUCAGGUUGUCAACACAGGUAGAAAUGGCCGCUUGUUUGUCAUAUCUUUUCACGAGGGCCAUGUAUGUGCUGUGUGGAAGGAGACUUUUCAGAUAGCCUCCCACUGGUCAAGUGUCAAUUCUGUCCACGUGGAUGACUUCCUGGGAUGUGGAACAGACCAAAUGCUGUUGUUUUUUAAGGAUCAAGGCAUAACAGAUCAGCCUUUGGAUACAUUUCUCCUCACUGAUCUCUGUGGUAUUUCAUAUUCUCAUGGUCAGGACAGUGAAGCCUCAAAGACGCCGCCUCCCUCACCAGAGAACGAUCUCCUCACUCUUCGGGCUUUAGAGUCCAGACUACAGAGUGGAUUGACCGUGCUUCAGGAGCUUCAAAGAGAGGUGAGAGUGAAGGACAGAGUUCUACAGCAGUCGGUCCGAGCUCUUUCCGAUGUGGUCUCAGAAAGUCAAACUAUUCUCACCCAGCCUGAGCAGGAAGGCCUUAUUGCUCUGUGGGACUGUGAUGAUGAGUCAAAGGACGAGGCCUUGGAUGACAAGACACAAGACAUGCCAGCAGUGUCUUCAAAACCUCAAAUUGACAAGCUGUGGCAUCGCAUCACUGAGGAGCGAAUGGUUGUGGGAGUGAUACUAACUACUGACAGCUCAGUACCAGUGGCCAGUGUGAGCUUAUCCAUCCUGACAGAGACGGGUCAGAGCUCAACGCCUGCAGUCAUCCAGACCCAGAGCCAAGUGUUCUGGCUCCCUGCACCCUGCUCCUCAUCAUCAUCAUCCUCCUCCUCUGCAUACAUGUUCUCAGAGCCCGCAGCCAAGAGAAGCAAGCAGCACAAUGCCGGCAGACCCAAUGAUCUCAACACAUGCAGACUGGCUGUGACUGCUGUGACCAGGCUGACACCUCUGUUGAACUCUGGCUGUGUCAAGUGCCAUGUCAUGCUCCAUUACGUCCAGAGACAAGAUGCUUUUGCCCUUGUGAGCAACCCAACACCGGUUGUUCUGCAUUGUGGUCAAUUUGCUUUAGACGUCCACAGUGAUUUCCAAACCCGACUGUUGAAAAAACCCAGAUCUCAAAACAGAUGGCUGUUCACUAUUGUCUCUUUUUUUUGCACAGACGAGGUUAAAGAGGACUUCCUGAGUCUGAUGGCGGUGCUGGAUCGCUGGGUCUUCCACAUAGACUCUCCUGAGCACAGCUUAGGUGAUAUAGAUAGCUGGAUUCAGAAAAGAGUGGGCUGGAAGAGAAUAGAAGUGAGCCCUCAGUAUCUGCUGUUGAAUUCUUCAGGACCAUCUGCUCUCAUGUUGCUGCACUGGCAUCAGAUAACCCCUUUCCAGGGUGAACUGUCUGUCCACUCCAGCCAGUUACAGGCGCUCCAGUUUCUGGACUCUCUCUUGGCUUACCUCCCUGCGUCCAGUGCCAUCCAACCUGUCAAAGGUACAAAAGGACAGGGUGCAACUCAAAUAUUUUCUUUGGCACUGGAGAAAGAGAUGGUGUCACUCAUAGAGUGUGUGUCACCGCUACUUUGUGAAGAAGAAGAAGAGGAGGAGGAGAGGAAGAGCCUUGGACACGAGGAGACCACCGAGCCAGGUUCUGUGAAGGAGCUCCAGAGGUGUAGGGAGGUGUUUCAGCGGGACGUGGAGAGGAGUAGGAUGAGGUUGAGCCCCCUGGUGGAUGUAGGGAGGUAUCGUCGGCUAACCCAAAGCAUGUCCAAAGCCCAGCUCGAUGGGGAUUUGGCAGCUCUCUUAGACACUCAGACAACUUUUCUCUGCUAAUAUGCUGUAGAUGUGGUUGUUGGGAAAAAAAAUCCCUUUGCAAAGUCUGGACACGCAAUUAGUAUUAAUGACGGGGAAGCCAACUCUUUUGUAGUGCAUUGUGUCAAGUGUAAUGACCAAAGACUCUACAUCAUGUAUGUUCUUCACAUUUCAACUGUACUGAGAGCCGCCCCCGUUGCUGGUUUGGUUAUGUCUCUGCUUUCUUAGUCUCUUGGGGUUUCUACCUAUCUAGUGUCUGCUGCUGAGUCAGCCAAUCACCUCCUUGUUUGCACAGCCUUAAUCUGAUACUGAUGUUAUACUGCUCUCUGCUCAGCUUAUUCUUUUGUUCGUGUCCCUGGACCCUCUGUAUUCACAAAUGCUCUUUAAUGUCUGUUGUUGCUGCUGCUGUUGCUGCUGUGUGCUAUUCAGUAGGAGACAGACCACUUUCAUCCUGGAGUGGGAAACUGUUUGGGUUAUAAAUAAAGGCAACAGAUGAUGGUUAGAGCAAGGGGGUUGUACAUCUGCUCAGUGGCUGGGUUCGACUGAAAGCUUUUAGUGGUACUUUUCCACUUAUGGUUCAGUUGUUUUCCUGUGA